AAAAUCACCCUUUAUAAACAUUAUGCUUUAAAAUCUUGUCGCAGGCAGAAAAUCGAAUUAUUUUCAAGACCCAAUAAUGCAAUAAUGGACAAGUAUACGGACUACAUAAAAUUCGGAGACAUCCUAAUAUCACCAUCACUACAUUUUGAGGAUGAUUACAUACUUCGGUGCUGUGAAUGCAAUGAAUACUAUUCUAAUAUCGAAGAACUUCUUAUACACUGUACAGUACAGCAUAGCGAUGAACUGGUCCAAGAGGAGGACAUGGAUACGGACUUCAAGAUUCAUGGCUUGGAAGAAGGUGAAACGAUUCUUAAAGUUGAAAUAGAGGAGUAUUUCCAAACAGGAGAAAGAGAGAUGUUUUUUGAAACCCAAGAUUAUAUAGGCACUGAUAAUGAUGGAUACGAGAGUAGUCGCAAAAGUAUUUGUUAUAGUUCACUGAACAAAGAACAUAUUUCUGAUUUGGAAGAAAACGAUACAGAGAAAUCAUUAGAAGACGGUAACACAGUUGAAGAAAACAGCGGGCAGGAGGAUUAUAAUGAAAAAUUAUUAGCCCGUAACGAAUGGGAUAUGAGCUUGAAAAGCCUUACAGGACCUAAGAGACAUACAAAAACUCCUGUGCGAAAAAUUAAUGAGCUAAAAUGUCAAUAUUGCAGCAAAGCUUUUAAAACUGUCUGUACAAUGAAGAAACACUUGAAAAAACAUAGGGAUGAAAAUGGGACUGGUACAAGAGACUAUGAAAAUGAAUCGGAUCAAUGGUCAUCACUUUCCACAUCAAGAGAUAGAAAACCCCAAGGCAAUGUGGUCAACUAUAGCGAGAAUAAAUCCAUUAUUUCUCAAACAAAGGAAUACAAAAACGGUGAUCAUAAAGAAAAUUCACAUUUAUGCAACCAAUGCAGCAGCCGUUUUAAAACCCCCAGAGGUCUAGAGCGUCAUUUACGUAAUCAUUUAAGACAAAGCGGUGGAAAUAACACGGAAUCAAAAAGUACAUCAAAACCUGUGUGCAAACUUUGCAAUAAACAAUUUGCGCAAACCAGUUGUCUGAAAACCCAUUUAAGAACACAUACCGGAGAAAAACCAUAUCUUUGCCCUGAAUGCGGGAAAACUUUUAGGAGUCUUAGUAAUAUGAAACAACAUUUAAGAAGACACGGUACUGAACGUCCAUACGAAUGCCCUGAUUGCCCUACAAAAUUUCCGUGCAUUACCGAUUUAGUGUCGCAUAGAGCAGUGCAUACAAAAAUUAGGCCACAUGUAUGCGAUAUCUGUGGAAGUGGCUUUGGAAAACCAUAUUUACUGAAAGUACAUAAAAUUUACCAUGGAGAAAGGAAACAUAAAUGUGACUACUGUGAUAUGAGGUUUUUUGUUCCUGAGCAAUACAAGAGACAUAUGCGAACGCACACAGGCGAAAAGCCUUUCCAAUGUAAAUUUUGCGACAAAGCGUUUGCACAGAGAAAUGUUUUAAUCACACAUCUUAGGGUUCAUUUAGGCGAUAAAGUGUACAGAUGUAAUUUAUGCCCUCAGGGAUUCAGGCGGCAAGGCGAUUUAAGAACCCACUUCAAUACACAUACAAAUGAUGACGAGGAGACUAAAGAAAGAAACUUAAAAGCUCUAAGGGAGGAAGAUUUACGAAUGCAAAUGAAAUUUGGUACCACAACUACAAUAAGUUAAGUACUAGCUUUGGAAAAAGUGUAGUAUGAGAAUCCAUGUUUUACAAAAAAAUCACAGUAUUUCUUAAAGGUUUAAAGUUUGCGUUUAUAUUACUUCGGUAAUUAUUAUAAUAAAUACGAAAUUAAUUUUUUCGACAAUUACAAGCACAUUA